CGUUUAUAUAUAAGGGCAGCUCUGAAAGACCGUGUUUGCUUAUAAUUCUUCAGGUUUCGAAGCGAGAAAGAGCAGGCUUUUACUGCACCAAGGACGAGCGAGCGAAAAGAUGAAGGUCGCUUUGGUUUCUAUGAUUUUCAUCGCCAUCGCUGUGGUCAGCGUGUUCGCAACAUCACCUCCCAACUGCGCCGCCGCGACGUGCGACCCAGAAACGUGCCAGGCCGUUUCCUGCAGCUGCGGCAGCUACAAGGACUACUGCGGCUGCUGCGACUUCUGCCACAAGUGUCCCGGCGAAGAGUGCACCAACCUGUUCAGAGAUCCCUGUUCGGAAGGCCACCGCUGCACCCUGGACGAUCCCGAGAAACGAUUCCUGACCGGCGGCAAGGGACACUGCAGGUCCCUCAACGAAACAGCCACGGGACACGAGCACCACGAUGGGCACCACGAUGAAAACCACGAUGGACACCACGACGACCACAGCUAAAUGGUUUGCCGGGAGAAGCGUCCCCCAAAGCGUGCGGCGUAAUGAUACCACGGUGUCUCCGCACGUUAAGUGCGGCGCCGAUAGUGCAAUCGGUAUAGUUCCAAAUUUCCUCAACGUCCGGUGGCCAGCCGUCGUCGUUGGCGUUGUCGUGCUCUUUAUGAAUGGUAAACACUGGCGGCGGGUACUGCAAUCAAAUGUCGAAAUCAGCAAAAAGUUUUAAAGAGGACAUCAGUUCAAGCGCUCCGUGCAGAUUGUAAACCUGCGAAGCUGAAACGUGCGGCCUCGGUGUUUAUCACUGUGUAAAUCCUGACGGGUCAUUAAAGUAUUUCUGAAUUAUUGGUCA